CUCGACUGCAACGCGUCAUGGCUGCUCGUAUUGCCCCUCUGUUCAACCGUGUGCUGAUCCGGCGCUCCAAGCCUGCGGAGAAGACCGUUGGUGGAAUUCUCCUUCCGGAGUCUGCCCAGGACAAGAACAACGAGGGUGAGGUUGUGGCUGUCGGUCCUGGCCGUGAGGAGCGCCCUGUUGCGGUCGCUGUCGGCGACAAGGUCCUCCUUCCCGAGUACGGUGGCUCCAAGAUCGGCGUUCCUGGCGAGGACGAUCUGUUCCUCUUCCACGACGACGACAUCCUUGCUGUUAUCAAGGAGUAAUAGUUGGCUCGCACCAAUGUCUUUGCCUCUCCCCGCAAAUGAAUGCGUGUGAUGCCUG